UACCAUUUAAGAGGUAGGUUUCUAGUACUAACCAUCUUCCGUGAAUAGAGUCCACAGGCCGCAGCGAUGGGGGACCUAUUCCGCAGCGAAGAGAUGGCUCUGUGUCAGCUGUUUCUGCAGCUAGAGUCUUCAUAUCCAUCUCUUUCUCUUCUUGGGGAGCAGGGAAUUGUACAAUUCAGAGAUCUGAAUGAAGGAGUCAACCAAUUCCAAAGGAAGUUCAUCUCAGAAGUGCGCCGCUGCGAUGAAAUGGAACGAAAGUUGCGCUACAUCGAGGGCGAGAUUGUCAAGGAGAAAGUUAAGAUUCCUGAUCCGACCGUAAACCCACCAGCUCCGAAUCCUAGGCAGAUUAUUGAUUUAGAGGCACAACUGGAGCACAUAGAAACUGAAAUCAUUGAAUCGAGCUCAAACUCGGUCAACCUCAAACUGAACUUCAUGGAACUGACUGAGCUCAAAACCCUGUUGGAGAAGACUCAACCUUUUUUUCAAGAGCAUGAAGAUGGAACAAUCAUCACUGGAGACAUAGGAACAGUAGCUGAGGACCAAGGAGGCACAAGGGGCCAACUAGGAUUUGUUGCUGGAGUGAUACCUCGCAUAAAGAAGGUUGGAUUUGAACGGAUGUUGUGGCGUAUCUCACGAGGAAAUGUCUUUCUACGACAGGUGGAUAUAGAAAAACCAUUGGAAGAUCCACAAACAGGUCUGCCAGUAGAGAAGACAAUAUUUGUUGUGUUCUACCAAGGUGACGAACUGAAAUCUAGAGUGAAGAAAGUAUGCUCAGGUUUCCACGCUUCCUUUUACCCCUGCCCCAGCUCCUACACAGAGCGUAUGGAUAUGAUCAAAGGGGUUAAAGCUAGGAUUGAAGAUCUCACUACAGUCUUGAACCAAACAAGGGAGCAUCGGCAAAGAGUUUUGUCAUCAGUAGCCAAGGAGCUGCACAGUUGGAGCAUCAUGGUACGCAAGAUGAAGGCUGUGUACCAUACUCUCAACAUGUUCAACAUGGAUGUCAGUCGCAAGUGUCUCAUUGGAGAAUGCUGGGUACCUGUUAAAGAGAUCAACAAAGUACAAGCUGCUCUAAUCGAAGGAGGGAAAGUAUCGGGCAGUAGCAUCGCAUCAUUCUUAAACAUACUUCAUACCCAUGAAGAACCGCCUACAUACUUCCGUGCCAACAAGUUCACCUAUGGCUUCCAUGCUCUGAUAGAGGCGUACGGAGUAGCUACCUAUCGUGAAGUUAACCCAGGUCUGUACACCAUCAUUACUUUCCCAUUUCUGUUUGCCGUCAUGUUUGGGGAUGCUGGCCACGGUCUCAUCCUGGCACUUUUUGGUGGCUUCAUGCUCUUGAAAGAGAAGAAAUUCAUGAGUGCAAAAUCCAGCAAUGAAAUUUGGAAUAUGAUGUUUGGCGGAAGGUAUAUUAUUUUCUUGAUGGGACUGUUUUCCAUAUAUACAGGGUUGAUAUACAACGAUAUUUUCUCAAAGAUGGGAAACAUUUUUGGAACUCAUUGGCAAUUCACUUACAAUGCUAGCACCCUUUUAAACAACUCGAAUCUCCAGCUGGACCCUGUCACCAUGUACACUCAGGAUCCUUACUGGUUUGGCAUGGACCCUGUGUGGCAGUCAGCAUCAAAUAAAAUCAUCUUCCAGAACUCAUUCAAAAUGAAGCUCUCUAUCAUCAUUGGUGUGAUUCACAUGGUUUUUGGUGUAUGCAUGAGUGUUGUCAACCACGGAUACUUCGGCAAUGGAAUAUAUGUGCUUCUAGAGUUUUUGCCUCAGGUCCUGUUUCUAAUUCUACUGUUUGCAUACAUGUGUGUUCUUAUGUUCAUGAAGUGGAUUCUCUAUGGCCCACCAGACCAUGAAUCAAUCUACUGUGCUCCUUCCGUUCUGAUCACUUUCAUCAACAUGAUGUUAUUCAAAGACAGCAAGAGUGGGCAAGAUCCUAAAUUCAAAGACUGUGAUCCUUACAUGUAUCCUUAUCAGAACUCCAUUCAAAUGGGGCUGGUCCUUUUGGCUGUACUAUGUAUUCCUGUCAUGUUACUAGGAAAACCUAUCUAUCUCCUCUGCUGUGGAGGGUUGAAGAAACACCACAAGGAAGGACAAGAAGAAGAGCCAGCCGGUGAGAUCUGGAUCCAUCAGGCCAUCCACACAGUGGAGUAUAUCCUCAGUACGAUCUCACACACUGCUUCAUACCUGCGUCUCUGGGCUCUGUCACUCGCUCAUGCUCAGCUAUCAGAAGUGUUGUGGCAAAUGGUGUUCAAUAUGGGGCUAGUGAUGGGUAUCGAGUACUAUGGAGGGAUCAUCAUAUACAUCUUCUUUGCCUUCUGGGCCUUUGGUACUAUAGCCAUUCUCAUCCUCAUGGAGGGUCUUUCUGCCUUUCUACACACCCUGCGGUUACACUGGGUGGAAUUCUGUAGCAAGUUCUAUUCAGGGAAUGGCUACCUAUUCAUCCCCUUUUCAUUCAAACGAAUCAUCAGCCAGGAGGAUGAAGAAGAAUGAAGAUAUUUUAGUAUGAUAUUUAUUUUGUAGUUAGAUUUAGUAGACAUGUAUGAAUGAUAGGGGUUUAUCAACAAUUUCAUUUCCGGGGAUACUAAAAACAGUUGUGUUUAGGCUAUAAAUGUAGUCUAAUUGUUUUACUGUAACUUAUCAGUAACUAAUUCUUCACUCACAAUGGACUAGGCAAAUACAAGAUUAUGUUCACCAAUCUAUGUAAUUAUCUAUGUAUGUCCUUACCAAAAUAUUAGUAAACAAAAAAACUGUAGAUACAGCUCAAAAUCUCAUGUUUACAUAACCUGGCUCUGAAUUGUUAUUGUUCAAUCUAGUUAUAUUACAACUGCAUUAGGGGUCCAUUCUCUUUAUUUUGUUGGUAUGUUCCUAAACUGUUUAAUUUUUACAUUGAAAUAAAAUGUUGACUGUAAAUUUUACUUUUUAAUAAAUAAACUUAAUGAACAUAAA